AAUAAACUAACUUCCCUUUUCUCCCUCUCACUCUAAAAACUCAAAACACCAGAAGCUGAGUUCAGAGCUACUUCAUACAACAAAUGUAUCCCUCAACCUCAUCCUCCUCAUCCCAAAAUCCCAUGGGCCCAGGCCCAAGUGCAACCGGGCUGACCCGAUACGGCUCCGCCCCGGGCUCCCUCCUAACCUCGGCCGUCGAUUCCGUCAUCGGCGCCGUCGCAGACCGCGAAUUCUCAGCCCUCCGAUCGCAGCCCCACCUCGGCCACUACUUCUCUGGCGACGGCCACGGCGACGACUCCUCCCUCACCAGCUCCGAGUCAACCUUCAAAGUCAACUCAUCCAACGGCGGCACGGACGCAACCAAGCCAUUGAUCCGAUCGUACGGCCUGAAUGAGAUGGCGAACGCGAUUGGAUCUCCUACUUCUUCUUCUUCUUGCUCUUCGCCGUCAGCCCUGGUUCGCCAGAGAAGCUCUCCAGCUGGCUUCCUCAGCCAUCUCACCGCUCCUGAUAACAAUGGAGGAUUUUCUGUUACAAGGGGAGCUGGAAUCUAUAGCUCACAAGGUGGCACUAAUGGCGGCCAUGGACAUGGAGUAACGAGGUUAAAGUCUCAGUUGAGCUUCACUGGGCAAGAUUCUCUUUCUCAAAUAUCUGAAGUAAGUGAAAAUGCCAUGGAAGGUGUUAGCUCCAACAAUGGCCACCAUAGGGCCAUGCAUUCUUAUCCCACUACUAGCUUUGGGAUGGAAUCCUGGGAUAAUACCAAUUCUAUUGUCUUUUCGGCUCCACCAAACAAACGAGCUAAAAAUAUGGAUGGUGACUUAUUUAACUGCCUCAAUGCUUUAGAAUCUCAGUUUAGCCUUCCCCAGACAUCUUUAGAAAUGGCUACAGUAGAGAAGCUACUGCACAUCCCUGAGGAUUCUGUUCCUUGCAAAAUUCGGGCAAAACGUGGCUGCGCAACUCAUCCCAGAAGCAUAGCGGAGAGGGAGAGAAGAACUAGAAUAAGCGGGAAGUUGAAGAAACUACAAGACCUUGUUCCAAACAUGGAUAAGCAAACAAGCUAUGCGGACAUGUUGGACUUGGCUGUACAACAUAUCAAAGGCCUUCAAAAUCAAGUCGAGGAUCUUCACAAGGAUCUUGAUAAUUGCACUUGUGGCUGCAAACCAAACACAUAAUGUUCCCCAAGCUUGUAAGCAAUUGCAGAGGUCCUAAGUUAAAAGGGGACAAGAAGGGGGCGGCAGCAACUGAAGCUAGACUAUUUUUGUUGCAUGACCAGCAGGUUAGACUUCAUAUUUUUGAAGUAGAAAAGUAGAUUCAAACAUCUGGGACAGAAAUUGUCCUUUGCAUAUUUUGUAGUGAUUCCAAUCUCCACGUGAUUUUGAAGAAAAAUUGUAUAUAUAUUGAAGCAACCGUAGUUUCGUACCUCAUCAGAGAAAUUGACUUUGUUACUUUCACUGAAUGAAUAUUAUGUAUUUUACAGUUCAUUUUCUCCA